AUGGCGGCGUCCGUGCUGGGCUCCGCCUGCAGCCCGCUGAGGCUCGGCGUUGCCGGCCUGUGCCGCCGCCGGCCGCCCCGGAGCCUGGGGCCGCGUGCGCGGCGGCUCCCGGGGCUCGCAGGGUCCGGGCGGAGCGCGGCCGCGGCCAGCGGAUCGGGCGCCUCGGGCGCCGACCGCUACUGCAUGGAGAUGCUGCGGAAACGAGAUUAUGAAGGCUAUAUAUGCUCUCUGCUGCUCCCUGCAGAAUCCAGAAGCUCUGCUUUUGCACUGAGGGCCUUCAAUGUGGAACUGGCUCAGGUUAAGGACUCCGUCUCUGAGAAAACAACUGGACUGAUGAGAAUGGAGUUUUGGAAAAAAACAGUAGACGACAUAUACUGUGACAGCCCACCCCAGCAGCCUGUGGCCCUCGAGCUAUGGAAGGCUGUCAAAAGACAUAAUCUGACCAAAAGAUGGCUUAUGAAAAUCAUUGAUGAAAGAGAAAAAAAUUUGGAUGACAAAGCAUAUCGUAAUAUCCAGGAACUGGAAAAUUACGCUGAAAACACACAGAGCUCUCUUCUUUACUUAACACUAGAAAUACUGGGUGUAAAGGAUCUUCAUGCAGAUCAUGCCGCAAGUCACAUUGGAAAAGCCCAGGGCAUUGUGACUUGCUUGAGAGCAACGCCCUAUCAUGGAAGCAGAAGAAGGGUGUUCCUUCCCAUGGAUAUUUGUAUGCUGCAUGGGGUUUCACAAGAGGAUUUUCUACGGAAGAACCAGGAUAAAAAUGUGAGAGAUGUGAUAUAUGACAUUGCCAGUCAGGCGCACUUGCACCUGAAGCAUGCUAGGUCCUUCCAGAAAAGUGUUCCUGUGAGAGCAUUUCCUGCUUUUCUUCAGACGGUUGCUCUGGAGGACUACUUAAAGAAAAUUCAGCAGGUGGAUUUUGACAUAUUCCACCCAUCUUUACAGCAGAAGAAUACGUUACUUCCGUUAUCAUUGUAUAUUCAGUCAUGGAGAAAAAGUUAUUAAAAUAAUUUU